AUGUCUGAAUUUUCAUUAGAGUCUAUUUAUGGCUCUUCUUUGGGUGGUUUAGCAUAUAAUGAUGAUAGUGGUGAUAUUUAUAUUGGAGUUGAUAGAGUGGUUAAACGGACAAGAAUAAGAAGUUCUGAGAGUAUUGUACUCUCUCUAGUCACAGAAGCACCCAUUAAGUCCAUUUCCGUAGAUAAAGGACUACUGCUAGUUCUUGAUGAAAGUUGCCGGAUUUACUUGUACACUUUAGCUUAUGACGUAGAAAUAGGCCGAAUGCGAUCGGAAAGGUGUAAUGCAGCUGUAAUUAAAGACGGACUGAUUUACUUAGAGUAUGAAGGGUUCUUACAAGAGUGGGUAGCUGAAAGUAAUGGCUUCUUUAGCUUUAAGAAGACAAAGCAUAUUAUUGGCCAUCGUGAUGCAAUUACUCUACUACGUGCUACUGAAGAUGGUAUACUGACUAGUGGAUAUGAUGGUAUGUUACGGUUUUACGAUCUGAAUAGUAAACAUACUGGUGUAGCACAGGGAAAGAGUAGUUUAGUACAUCAAGGUCGAGUGGAGUCGGUGGGGGCAAGAAAGAUUGGAUCAAUUAUAGUUUCUGUCUUAGCUAAUGGUGAGAUAAGUAGACUUUAUAAAGAGAAAGGAAUAUGGCGGACUCAGUUACGUAAGUUUACAAUGGUUAAUUUAAAAGCGGCUGAUAUUUCGGCCCAGGGAGAUUUAGUGGCUGUUUUAGAUACGGCUGGGAAUGUUUUGCUUUUUAAUACUUUAUCUGAAGAUAAGGAACCAUUACGUAAGAUCUUUGUUUCUCCUAAGAUUAAGGAGGUUAAGUUUAUUGAAGAGGAUGAAUGGAUUAUGCUAUCUGGGGACGGAACGGUUGUUUGGGAGUGGCGAGCAGAUACUUUACUGUUUAAUGAGCAGAACUCGACUGGACAGGUAGUGGCCCGAGAGUGUCAAGGUCUGGUAGUGAGUGGGGGAGUGAAUGGUGAAGUGUUUUUAUGGGAUAAAGGAUCUUGUGUUUGUAUGCAGAAAGUAGUUGUUCAUACUUCCCAAGUAGUUGAAAUCUUAUCUAGAAAUCGUGGGUUUAUUUCAGUAGCUAGUAAUGGAGUGUGCAAAGUGCAUAAUUAUAAUGGAGAUGUUUUAAAGUCAAUUGAUAGUGAGCGGGUGGUUGUAGUAGCUGAUGCGGAUGAAGAUAUUUUGGUUUUAGCCGGAGUUGGAUUUGUGGAUGUGUACGAUAUUAAACGCGGUAAACGAAUUAUGGAAAAAGAGAUAGACAUUCCUUUAUCUAUCAAAAUUGUUGAUAAUUUGAUUUUAGUGAUUACCAAUAAUGGUUUAGUUAGUAUUGGCCAGAGUUCUUCUUUACUUAAAGAUGGUGAAGAACCUUUUGUUCUAGCUGAUAUCAGUCAUACUAAAACUGGUGUGCAGAUAUGUUGUUUAGGAGAGAGUGGUAAGGCCUAUACCUUUAAUAAGGACUUAGAAGAAGGAUUGGAGUACCGAGCAGUACCUGAGUAUAAGAAUGGACUGGGUCGGUACCAUCCUUUGAGUAUGAAGUACUUAGAAAGUGGUGCAUUAGUAGUAACGUAUGCGGUAGACCGGCCUGAUCGGCAGACGGGAGCAAGACAGUCUCUUUAUGCAGCUAUGUACUGGAAUGGGUAUGAAGUUGAGCGUUGGAUUGUGCAAGAACGGUUGGAAGAUAAAGAAAUGGCUAAAGUCUUUACCACUACAUCUAUUUAUGGGUAUACAGUAGGAGUAUGUACGCGCAAAGGAGUGUUUGUCUUCUCAGAUCGGGCUCGAGGUCUAAAACCAUCGCAGCUUUGGCAGAAGGAGAGUCCUAAAGAGAUGGAGAAGAAGAUUAGGGAAGGAGAUGCCUUAUCUGGAGCAGUUUUUGCCUGUCGGGCUCAGAACAAGCACUUAUUAAGUUUGGCUUUGAGUUUAGGGAAUCCGGCUUUACUAGGACAGUACUUCCCUAGUGAGUUGAUUCCUUCUUUGUUUCCAGUAGUACUAUCACUGUUAGCAGAUGGUUUAGUUGAGAGUUCAUUAGUAUUCCUUAAGGAGAUUUUAUUACGAGCGCCAGCUCCACCUUUGUUGAAGAAGCAAUUGAGUCUUCUCUUGGGUCCGGCCAUUAAUGUGUCUAUGACCACCACGGGGGCAAUUGAUGCAUUGCAGACAUAUCCGCAUCUGAAGGAAAGCAAUUAA